AUGGAAAAACAAAAAGAAAUUAUUGAAAAUAAGCUAUCUGAUGAUAUGGGAAAAAUGGGCGAGGAGUUCAACAACUUUAUGCAUAAGGUUACUGAGGUCGAUGGUAUAAUCAAAAAACUUACGUCCAAAGACAAAGACUUGCAAGCUAUAGGAGAUCAGGAAGCAAAAUUGUAUUUAAGAGAGGAAACUGUUUUAGAUGAUAUUGAUGGUGAAACAAUCUCAUUAAAAGUGACUAACGAUAGAACGAUCGUUAACAAAAUAGCUCAAGAGUCCGGUAAUCCCAAUGAAAUGUCAAAAGACUCAUUCAUGGCUGAAGUUGAAAGAGAUGCAGAUCAACGAUAUAAAGAUAGACUUAUCAGAACCGAAAAAAUGGAAACUUUUAAAAAACAAGCAACUUUAGCAUUUCGAAGGAAAGAGUUUGAGAAAGCUUUAGUUUUAUACAAUAAGGCAAUAGAACAAAUUAAAGACAGUCCCUUACUCUACAAUAACAGAGCUUUAACUUAUAUCAAACUAGGUUUCCCAGACAAAGCAAAAAGUGAUCUCGAAAAUUGGGCUUUGAAAUUGAACGAAGACUGUUUGAAAUCUUGGUUGUUACUGGCUAAAAUAAAUUAUUUGAGCGGUGACGAAGAGGAAUCUAAAAAAUGCGUCUUGGAAGCCAAGAAAAGGAAUCCAAAAGAAAUUGAUUUCAUUGAAGAUUAUAUGAAGACGAUGUACAAAGAAAGCAGAAAAAGCUAA